CAAAAUAUAUAAAACAAAACAAAAAACACCUUUGUUUCUCAAUAAGGUAGCCACGAUGUUAAAACAACACAAUAAUUUUCGUUCAUUGUUGUUAGUAUUAGUGCUCUUUGCAUUCUCAAAAUCAAAUGCAAUGCCAAUCAAAGACGUACACAAUUUUUGCAAGGAGACAUUCGAAGAAGAUCUCUGCCUGAAACACAUUGGGUCGGACCAACAACGUAUAGUAGCCGCCCGCGACUACAGUGACGUGUUUUUAAUUGCGGCAGCUGAACUCCAAAUUCAAGUGAACAAUGCGAUCACGCAUAUCAACAAUGUCCGACGAACUUAUGUUGAUCCGCUUGGAAAGGAGCGGAUCGCAGUAUGCGAAAAAAAAUAUGAGAUUGCAGCCGAUAGUUUUCACAAGGCUUGGGAAGUUGGACAAAAAAAGUCCAAGGCAUUAGCGGACCGUGUGGAAUUGUCUAACCGCAUGAAAGCUGGUUAUGAGGCUGUGAGCGAGUGCGAAGGCGAAUGGUCAAAGCAUGGUCCGAAGAAAGAGUCUCCUCUUCUUUUCUAUUACCUUAACGUUAUCAAAUUGUGCCAAAUUACUCAUGUUAUUAUCGGCAAGACUUACAAUAUCGGAGUUUAAUUACCUGAGAAUUAGGUACUAAAACUGACAAUACAAGCAGAAAGUAUUUUUAGUAUGAAAUGUACGAUCAACAAUGAAAUUCGUAUAUCAGAUUUGUACAAAUUAAUAUGGUUUGUUUUUCUAGCAGCAAAUAUUUAAAAUGUAAUUUGGGAUAUUGUUAAUAUAAUUUUAUAAUUUACAAA